ACAGGAGAAUAUGCUACAGAUGAAGAUGAAGAGAUGAGCCCCAUGUUCCCCAACAAUGACAUGGCCAUUGAGAUUUUUGAACUGGCUGAAAAUGAAGAUAUGCUGUCUCCAGUGGAGAUGGAUCCUGAAAAGCUAGUGUAUAAAUUUAAGGAGCUCCAGAUCAAGCAUGCUGUGACUGAGGCUGAAAUACAGCAGCUGAAAAGAAAGCUACAAUCAAUUGAACAGGAGAAAGCUCAAUGGCUCAUUGAGAAAGACCAGCUAGAACAGAGAGUGGAGGAAAACAAGGAGCGGAUGGAGAAGCUGGAGGGAUACUGGAUGGAGGCUCAGAACUUGUGCCAGGCUAUGGAUGAGCACUUAAAAGAGACCCAGACCCAAUACCAGACUCUGGAAAGGAAAUAUAGCAAAGCCAAACGACUUAUUAAGGAGUAUCAACAGAAAGAAAUUGAGUUUCUUAAGAAGGAGACAACUCAGCGUCACAUCCAAGAGGAGUCUGAAUUAUCUCACAAAGAGGAAGUUGACAAGUUGCAAGAGAAGAUUUCUGAACUGGAGGCGAAGCUGCAGACUUUGAAAAAUUCCAUCAUGACUUAA